AUGGAGUUUGUGAUAGCAUUCAAUAAUGAAUUGAGAUCAUUAUCAGACUCAGAUAUACCACUUUCCAAGGCUAAAAUGGCUUCAAUAACAAGGGCUGCCAUGAAAGCAUUAAAGUUUUACAAACAUAUUGUACAAAUGGUCGAAAAGUUUAUAGCAAAAUGCCCACCGCAGUUCAAACUUCCUGGACUUUACAUUAUUGACUCCAUUGUUAGACACUCUAAACACUUUUAUCGAGAAAAAGAUGUUUACGGGCCCAGAUUUUUACGAAACUUGGUAUCCGUUUUCAUCUCUGUUUUGCAAUGUGAUGAGAAAGACAAGCCAAUGGUAUCUCACUUACUAUACUUAUGGGAGAGUUCUUUCGUCUUCCCAAAAGAAGUAUUAUAUGCUUUAAAGGAUAUUAAAACAGAUCCAGAAAACCCGCAAGUCAUAGAAAAAGCCGAGGAAGUUGUCCGUGAAGCUCUGCUUAAGUUGUCAAAUCAUAAUGUAGCAGAUCCUACAAUGCAGUUGCUUCCUCCACGAAAUCACUCAGUUUUAAAUAAUAAUAGCACUCCAAAAAUGUACAGUAUGGCUCCUUUUGAGGAUGCUGACAAGUGCACUAGAAAAAGCUCGAGUGCAAGGGUCCAGUUACUUCAGUUACAAGCCCUUCAGAAAAAGAUCGCUGAACAGUCGGCUUUACUCAACCAAGAGCGAACAAUCGAUCCUGAAGUGCUUACUCAAAUUCAUAUCCUUAUGUCAGAGUUGACUAGACGAGCUGAAGUAGCCGCAGCACAGCUUGCAGAUAAAGAAAAUGCUGAUGAAGAUUUAAAUGUUAUCGAUCCAAAUCUUUUGGCACGUAUACAAUCUAUGGUUGAUACACUUGCACAUACUCGUGCACUACAAGAACAGUUGAAUGAAGCGCUUGCAGAACAUGAACAACCUUGGCAGCAACAACAACACCAGAAGGAGAUGACUGUACGUUCUGCAAAUGGCAUUGCUAUGCAAUCGGAAGGUGAUACAAGCAUGGAUAGUAGGAGGUGUAUAGACAACUAUAUCGGAUCUGGCAAGCACAAGACAGACCUUUCUAUACGGAAUGAUUCUAAACGGUUAAUCCGACCUACGACGCCUCCGUAUUCCUCAGAUGUAGAAGAUGAGUCGACGGUUCCACAGACUUACGAGAGAAAAUCUUACUGGCCUGAAAGGAAUAGACCACCAACAGCUAAAACAAAUUCAAGGCACUUGGAAUCUCGGCCUAUGGAUGAUGGUACAUGUCGCGAUGCAAAUGCCUAUCAUGGCUCGCGUAAACACUAUCUGCACAAUUCCCGUCAAGUGUCGUAUAAACACCAUGAGAAUGAUAGAGUGGAUGACGGUGGAAUGAUACCAUCAUCAGUGAAUUCUUCUUCUUCUUCUUUAUCCGAACGUAAUCACCAUCGUAAUGAUGAUCAAAAUCGCCUAUUGAAAGAAAAUCUGAAUCGAUUGAAUUCAGACUAUGAAGGUGGUGGUUAUGCUGAUGAUGAGGAUGACUGGAAUGCCUCAUCUGGCCAACGAUGUCGUAAAUACAGUCGUUUGGAUUCAUAUGAUGACCGACUGGUUAGCCAUUCUCAUCGAUCAGGAUUCUUGGAGUCCCACAAUAAUAAUAAACUCAAUCCAUCCGAUAUUGAACAUGAUCCGUCAGAUAAUUUUGUUGAAGAAGAUUAUAUCACUGAAUCACCUAUGCAGAGUCCCGCUAUACGUCCACGUCUAGAUGACAGUUUCUUUCUUCAGCAUGGAUCACCAUCGUCAAAUGAAUAUGACAUUGUGAAACACCGUGAACGUCGUCGAAAGCAUCUUGGUCUGCCUCUACUGAAACCAAAUCAUGUCGGAAUCUUAUCGCAUACCGUAUUCAUCGGACAUUUACAUAAACAAAUGGCAGAGAGUCGACUUCGAACACUAUGUUCCGAAAUAACUGAAGGUCAGGUGGUUGAAUGUAAUUUCAUUCCCCCAAGAGGUUGUGCAUUUGUUACUUUCGCCACUCGACGUGCUGCACAUCGUGCAGUCUGUCAAAUGGAUCGAUCAACUAUGAACGGUCGACAGGUGAAAGUCGCUUGGGCACCAAAUCUUGGCAUCAAGUCGAACGAAGUGUAUCUGGCGAAUUAUUGGGAUACAGAGCAAGGCUGCACAUAUUUACCUGUGAAGGAGGUUCUCAAACUUACACAUUCUCAGUUUGGUGAUCUUUUAGAUGGUUGUGCAGAAGUGGAUGAAGAAUCAUUGGUUGAUGCAAGAGUUAGAAGUUUUAUCAGGAAUACCAUUAGGGCUAGUGAUAAUAUUAAAACUGAAAAAAUAUCCUUGAGUAGUUCUCCAGAUGGAAAGUUGGCUAAGAAAUCACAAACUGCAACUGCCCAGAAUACAUCAUCACGAUCAACGUUUCCACCUGUCGUGUCUCCCGUGGCAGUUGUUGUCAGCUCAAAUGUUGCUUCAGUUUCUUCAAUGACACCUGUUGUUGUUACUCAAACUGUACCGAUGAUGUUAUCGUUAGUACGAGCACCUGUCAUACGGAUGCCGGUUCCUGUACAGCCUUUGUAUUUCCCACGUCUGAACAGCGCCACAACACCCAGAGCACCGCCUCCACCACCACCACCUCCUCCGCCGCCGCCACCACCGCCUCCUCCACCUCCACCUCCACCACCCCCUCCACCGCCGCCGCCACCGCCACCAUCAUCAACACCACCCGCACCACCACCAGCGUCCCUUGAUGCUACAACUACAACUACCAUUACCACAACUAAUGUCUCAUCUGUCCUCCAGUCUCAAACUUCACACGCAUCGCAGCAGCAGCACCAUCAGUGUAAUCCUGGAAAUGAUGCUGCUGCAGCUGCUGAUGAUGUUCAUGAUGCAAGUAAUAAUCAUCCACAAGAAGAAGAUUUCCGCCGUCUUCGUCAGCAACAUCAUCAUCAACAACGACAACAGCAACAUCAACAGCAACGUAUUCAGAAUAAUGAAUUAUCAAACUCUGAUGUUACUGUUACUGUUCCUGCCUUCAGACAAACUCGACCGCCAUUAUUACGAUAUACACCUGUUGCAGCAUCUAAUCAGAAUAUCAUCCCUCAACAGCAACAACAACAGCAACCUUACAACCUUAAUGUGGCAAAUCAACAACAAAAUCGCUUCCCUGCUAAUAACAUGUGCUUUCCACAACACCCUAACAAUAUACAAUCAAUCCUACCUCGACCACCUAUCAGAAUGCUACCAACACACUCUUCAUGGCCACAAGAACAAUCCCGCACAAAUCCGCAUACCGGACCAUUGGUUCAGUCAAAUUUACUACCUCAUAUUCAGACAAAUGAAAAUCAUCGUCUAGCAGCAGCUGCAGCAUCAUCAUCAUCAAACGCUUACAAUAUGCAAAUGUCUGGGAAUUCUUCUUACAUGUCUGUACGUUCAUCUCUACCGACAUUUCCCUUUCCUCAACUAUGUCUCCCUCAACAACAACAACAGCAACAACACCUCCAACAACAGCACCAACAACAACGUGCAGGACUACCAAUGGAAUCUGCAUUCAAUCCAUUAAGAGGUGUACUAUCAGGCGGAGGUGCAGGAGCUGUUGGUAGCGGUGUUGGUAGAAUGCCGGCAAUGAAUAACGACAACAUUGGAGGGGGCAUGCAUUUACAGCAAUGGUCCACAACUCCUCAGGUGUCUUUACAACAGCAGCAUCAACAACAACAGCAGCAACAGAUGCCAUGUUCACCUUAUACUUCCUUUCCAAUAAAUCCAAUACGACAAAAUGCCUUUAAUAACCGACCAAUGUAUCCACCAGCACCUGCAGGUGCUGCGGGUGGUGUGCCACCAUUUGGGCAAGGGAAUUUUUCUCAAAGAUUUUCAGGACGAUGA